AUGAAAGGUGAGAGACGCGUCGGCUUUGCUGCUGUGGAGUUGGCACAACAAUCGCUAUUGACGACGAAAGGUAAGCGGUUUUCAACUGUUGAUUUAGCCAUCCCCUCCAGAUCUGAGCAAAAAUCGGUGACGUUUCCUCCUCCUCCCACAGAUUUAGUUAUCCCCUUUCUGAGUUUCCUCACAUCGAACUCGUCGACGUUACUACUCCUCUUCACUUUCCUGGAUCGAGGUUGCAAAUCUCUUUAG